UUUACAGAAAAUGGGAUGUUAACAAAAAGCCCAUGAGACUGUAUUGAUUGUUUUGGAGGUUAACUAGGUGGUGACUGGUGAAUGUUGCAAAAUCAUAUGUAAAGAGAAUUUAAUCUCUGCGUUGUAGGAGGGUUCUCGAAAAUUUUGUUUCAGUGACUAAGCAAAAUCCAUUGAAGGAAUUAUCUGAUGUCAAAAUUUACAUGGAGGAUUGAAAAUUUCUCGGGAUUGGAUGCUGAAAAGAUUUACUCUGUGACGUUUGUUUUAAAUGAAUACCAAUGGAGGUUGUGUCUUCAUCCGAAAGGAAUUAAAGCGGGUCAUUUGUCUGUAUACCUCCUUGUGGCUGACUUGUCCAACUUACCCAAUGGCUGGAGUAUAGCAACAAAGUUCAGUUUAGCUCUUGUUAACCAGAUAGACAACCACAAAACCAUCAAGAGAGGUCUCGUCCUAAGGAUUUCUGGCACAUCACCUUCUACUAGCAGCCUUUUAAGAUUCCCAAAAUCAUUACAUGGUUGCAUGUCUGACUUCUUUGAGAUGUAGAGAAUCAAGGUGACAAGGACUAGAAGUACUAUGUACAAAAUGCUGUAAACCAAAUAGUUAGUGUCUCAAUCAUACCCUCUCAAAGUUAUUGUGUUCUUUUAGCAUUUCUAUUUCUGCGCAUUAUGCAGAGUUUAAUUACAAAUUCCUAUCUGGAGAUACUAGUUGGGGCUUAGCAUCAAUUGUCCAGCUCAGUAAGUUGCACGAUAAAAGCGAAGGUUAUCUGGUUGAUGACAUGUGCUUGAUUGAAGCUGAGGUGUCUGUUCAGAAUGAUGCUUCUCCAGCUUCGAACGAUAAUGUCGAUGUAGAUUCUUCUGCUGCUGUAGACGACAUGGAAUCUGAGUAUGUCAAGGCUUGAUCUUUUCUUGAGUCUCUACCCAAGAUACCAUCCAGCAGCUCAGCAUAUAAUGCUCCAUCAUGUGAAGUGGCUUUGCUUAGAAGACAUGGCACUUCUGCAAAAGAAAUCAUUGAUAUACUAAUAUCAUACCCUUUGGAUGUUCUGGCUGAUCCAAGGAAUGAAACUGCAAUACUGGAGUCAUUGUCUGCUCUUACUAAGAACCGCUAUUUUUUAGUGAUGGGCGGGAAUGGAGAGAUUCAGUUCAAGGUAAGUGUAGUAGCAGUCAUCCAUGGUCUUGUUUUGAGAAGACCAAAAGUUUGCUUGAAGAAUUAGUGACAAUGGGGGAUGAAACAAAUGGUAAACUGGAAGAACUAAACAAGAAAGAAAUGGAAUUGGAAGCUCAGCUGGAGGUCAUUAAAAGCAAUAUUCAACAACUUAGGGAGGAAAGGGAAGAUUUAUCAAAACAGAUUAAGAUAGUGUAUUCACUUGCAAAGGAGCAGGGUAGCAAACUUGCAGCAGAAGAGGUGGAUAUGAGCCUGGCUACUAAAAGCUGAAGUCAAAGUGGGCUGAAACCAGACUUCUCUUUAGUUGAGAAUCAUGACCUGGGCUAGUUGGCUGUGUCUAGUCACAAUCAUUUCCCCAUCUUUAUGUCUUUUAAUCUGUUGCUAAGGGCUCAUUUAAGCCUGCUUUUGUUAGGUUUGGUUUUCAAAGUGAUUCACAAUAAGAAUUCUACAAGUAACAUUUUUUUUUGCAAAAACGUAACAUGAAACGGGUUUGGUAAUAAUGCAAAUACAACGGGUUUAGU